AUGGAGAAGGGAGCCGGAGGGAAGUGGGGCAGCGGCUCCUUUAAACGAGUUUCCAUCAAACGCUCGGCAUCCAGUGCCUCCAAUAAGGCCCAGAAAGCGUGGAUCGAGAGGAUCUUUCAGAAGAGAGAAUGUAUUCACAUAUUCCCCAGCAAGGACCCUACAAGAUGUUCGUGUGGUCAGCUGAUAACGCAGCACGUGGUGAUCCCGCUGGGCGCUCUGACCAACAAGCUGUCGGAAGAGAACCAUCAGCUAGUCCAGAUCGACCCGCCCCAGCAGGAGAGGUGGUCUGUGGCCAAAAACACACAGACCUCCCCCACGGAUGCCUUCGGGACCAUCGACUUCCAGGGUGGAGGCCUCAUCAACAAGGCAAUGUACAUCAGAGUGUCCCAUGACUCUAAGCCAGACAAUCUCCUCCAACUGAUGGUGAAAGACUGGCAGCUGGAACUCCCCAACCUGCUCAUCUCCAUUCACGGAGGGCUGCAGAACUUUGACCUGCAGCCCAAACUCAAACAGGUGUUAGGGAAGGGACUCAUCAAGGCUGCAGUCACCACCGGAGCAUGGAUCUUCACUGGUGGAGUCAGCACUGGUGUGAUUCGUCACGUGGGGGAUGCCCUGAAGGACCACUCCUCUAAGUCCAGAGGGAAGGUAUGUGCCAUCGGUAUCGCUCCCUGGGGCAUCAUAGAGAACAAGGAGGACCUCAUCGGUAGAGAUGUAACACGGCCAUACCAGACCAUGUCCAACCCGCUCUCCAAGCUGUCUGUCCUGAACAACAGCCACUCCCACUUCAUCCUGGCCGACAACGGCACUACAGGGAAGUACGGAGCGGAGGUGAAGCUACGCCGCCAGCUGGAAAAACACAUCUCACUGCAGAAGAUCAACACACGCCUUGGCCAGGGGGUCCCGUUGGUGUGUCUGAUAGUAGAGGGAGGUCCUAAUGUCAUCUCCAUCACCCUGGAGAGUCUGAAGGAGGAACCUCCCGUCCCCGUGGUGGUCUGUGAUGGCAGCGGGAGGGCAUCGGACAUCAUGUCCUUCGCUCACAAAUACUGCGAGGAGGGAGGUCUGAUAACUGACGACGUGAGGGACCAGCUACUGGUGACCAUACAGAAGACCUUCAACUAUAGUAAGAGCCAAUCACAGCAGAUCCUGCUCAUGGUCAUGGAGUGCAUGAAGAAGAAGGAGCUGAUAACAGUGUUUCGAAUGGGUUCUGAAGGACAGCAAGAUAUUGAAAUGGCCAUUCUGACUGCUUUAUUAAAAGGAACCAACGCCUCUGCGCCGGACCAGCUGAGUCUAGCUCUGGCCUGGAACAGAGUGGACAUAGCACGCAACCAGAUCUUUGUCUACGGUCACCAUCUACCACCUGCCAGUGCCCUAGCUAACAGCAGUGGUACCGUAGCCACUACCACAGAGAGGCCGAAGAGUCCAGCCGCUGCCCCCAGGAACAAGGCCAAGGCCCGGGGGAAAAAGGGGAAGGGAGGGAAGGCCAAGCCUGAACCACCAGAGGAGACUGACCCUAGGAAGAUAGAACUAAUGCGAUGGGUGAACUCUCUGGAGCAGGCCAUGAUGGAUGCCUUGGUGCUGGACAGGGUGGACUUUGUCAAGCUGCUGAUAGAGAACGGCGUCAACAUCCACCACUUCCUCACCAUUCCUCGCCUGGAGGAGCUGUACAACACGAGACUGGGUCCUGCUAACACGUUGCAUGUUGUGGUGAGAGAUGUCAAGAAGGGCAACCUCCCGCCAGACUACCAGAUCACUCUGAUUGACAUUGGUCUGGUGAUGGAGUACCUGAUGGGUGGGGCUUACCGCUGUAACUACACCAGGAAGAACUUCAGGGCGCUUUACAACAACCUCUACGGGCUGAAGAGGCCAAAAGCCUUGAAGAUGCUGGGGCUGGAGGAUGACGAACCGAGGGGAAAGAAGAAGAAAGGGAAGAAGAAGAAAGAGGAGGAGGUAGAGAUAGAUGUGGACGACCCUGAGGUCUGUCGCUUCACCUACCCCUUCCACGAGCUGAUGGUGUGGGCCGUUCUCAUGAAGCGCCAGAAGAUGGCGCUGUUUCUGUGGCAACGUGGGGAGGAGGCCAUGGCCAAGGCUCUGGUGGCCUGUAAGCUAUACACAGCCAUGGCUAAAGAGUCAUCUGAACUGGUGGACGAUAUCGCCCAGGACCUGGACAACAACUCCAAGGAGUUUGGCCAGCUUGCCUACGAGCUCCUGGACCAGUCCUAUAAGCACGAUGAACAGGUGGCCAUGAAGCUGCUGACGUAUGAGCUGACCAACUGGAGCAACUCUACCUGUCUGAAGCUGGCCGUGGCCGCCAAGCACAGAGACUUCAUCGCCCACACCUGCAGUCAGAUGCUGCUGACCGACAUGUGGAUGGGAAAUCUGAGAAUGGGGAAGAACCCUGGGCUUAAGGUGAUUCUGGGCAUCAUAUUCCCUCCAUCAAUUCUGCUGCUGGUGGACUUCAAAGGAGAAGACCAGUCCUACACAGCUGACUCUGAAGAAGGGAAAGACAAGGACGAUGACGCUGGCAAGGAUGACGUUGUGUCAAGGAAGGGGGAUGAAGAGGAGGGCAGCAGUAAUGUCAGGAGGAAGCCCAUUGGACGGAGGAUCUAUGAGUUCUAUGAUGCCCCGUUCACCAAGUUCUGGUUCAACACCAUCUCCUACCUGGGCUACCUGAUGCUGUAUAACUACAUAAUCCUGGUGAAGAUGGAGCGAUGGCCGUCCAUCCAGGAGUGGACCGUCAUUGCCUACAUCCUAACGCUCGGCUUCGAGAAAGUCAGACAGAUCCUAAUGUCAGAGCCUGGGAAGCUGAAGCAGAAGAUCAACGUAUGGCUGCAAGAGGUCUGGAACAUCACUGACCUGGCAGCCAUCUCCACCUUCCUGGUUGGCCUUCUGCUGAGGCUGCAGAACGAACCCCUCCUGGGCAUCGGACGUGUCAUCUACUGCAUAGACAUCAUCUUCUGGUACAUCAGGGUGCUCGACAUCUUCGGGGUCAACAAGUACCUGGGACCCUAUGUCAUGAUGAUUGGGAAAAUGAUGAUCGACAUGCUGUACUUCGUGAUAAUCAUGUUGGUGGUGUUGAUGAGUUUCGGGGUGUCGCGGCAGGCCAUCUUGCACCCUGAUGAGGAGCCAACAUGGCGUUUGGCCAGGAACAUCUUCUACAUGCCCUACUGGAUGAUCUAUGGAGAGGUGUUUGCUGACUCGAUCGACCUCUAUGCAAUGGAAAUCAACCCGCCGUGUGGUGAGAACCUGUACGAUGAGGAUGGUAAGAAGCUGCCUCCGUGUAUCCCUGGAGCCUGGCUGACCCCGGCCAUCAUGGCCUGUUAUUUACUGGUGGCCAACAUCCUGCUGGUCAACCUGUUGAUUGCUGUCUUCAACAACACUUUUAUGGAGGUGAAGGCCAUCUCCAACCAGAUCUGGAAGUUCCAGAGAUAUCAGCUGAUUAUGAUCUUCCAUGACCGUCCAAUCCUCCCUCCGCCCCUCAUCGUGUUCAGUCACCUCUACCUCCUGUUCAGAAGCUUUCGCUGCACCAAGAAGAAUGAUGGAGAUCUGAAUGAGAAGGACAGAGGACUCAAGCUACGGCUAAACCCUGAGGAGCUGAAGGCUCUAUUUGAGUUUGAGGAGCAGUGUGUGGAGGAAUACUUCAGAGAGAAGGAAGACGAGCACCAUUCAUCCAGUGACCAGAGGAUCAAGGUCACAUCAGAACGGGUGGAGAACAUGUCCAUGCGUCUGGAGGAGGUGAAUGAGCGGGAGAACACCAUGAAGGCGUCCCUGCAGACGGUGGACCUUCGCCUGGCUCAGCUGGAAGACAUCCACAGCCGCAUGAUGAACGCCCUAGAGAAGCUGGCUGGGGUCGACCAUUCAGAGCUUAAACGCUCCCACUCCACACACUCCUCCUACUGCGACCCGUCCUCCCUGCUCCGAGCCAGCUCCAUCAACAGCGCUGACGGGUACAGCAUGUACCGCUUCCAGAUGGACGUGGAGGAGGCUGAGAGGAAAGCCCAGCUUGGCACUGAGAGGCAGGGCAGUGUACGGUCUCGCCUAGGGUCUGAGAGGCAGGGCAGUGUGCUGUCUCGUCUAGGGUCUGAAAGACAGGGCAGCGUACUGUCUCGUCUAGGGUCUGACAGACAGGGCAGUGUCAGCAGAACAUCCAACCUGUCUGUAGGUCCGGAGAGACAGGGCAGUCUACAGAAAUUGUCUAGCGCAUCUACCCUGACUGUAGGCCGGGAGCGACAUGGCAGCCUACAAACCAGAGUUUCCAAGGACUACGGCCAGCCAUUAGACAUGGACAGAGCAGACAGGACACGGCCCAGCUCCUAUGUGGACAUCCUGAUCUCCCCAUGUGAACAAAGGGCUGAAGGGGAGACAGAUGGAGGAGAAAACAAGUCUGACAUACCUAAAGACAAAGUACCAGACCCCACAGAUCCACUGGAUGCUGCAUUAGCUAAAGCAGGUCUACCAAGAGAGAAGACCAAGCUGGAGAAGUCUAGAUCUGUUAAAUGCUAUCCCAGCAACCCUGUGGAUCACUGCAUUACCACUAGAAGCAGGGCUAAGAGCACUAUCCUCUACGACCAAACUGCUGCCAAUUGCGAGGCCCUCUGGGUUGCAGACUACAAUACUAAACAGGAAUCCCCAGACAGUAGAGAUCCUCUGGAUAGUGCAUUAGCUAAAGAAGGUCUGCCAAGAGAGAAGUCCAAGCUGGUGGCAACCAUGUCCUCCCCAUUGGCGAAGUUUAUCCAUCCUAUCCCAUACUACCACACCACACCUCCGUUUACCCCUCGAUCCACUAGGACCAGGGCUAAAAGCAACAUCUCCCCAACCACCGCAGGGGAUGAGAGUGAGGCCCUCUGGGCUGCAGACUACAGAUCUGUGAUAGACCAGGUAUCCGAUGCUCCAGGCCAGUUGCCAGCCUGCUGGGAGUACAAGGUCCACCACAUCCACAUCGGACAACAGCCCAAGGUCUCUGUGGUCAGGCCUCAUGGCCAGCUACCUGACACACAGAGAUUCUCUGAACCUGAGCCUGAAAAACUGGAGUCUAACAUGGUUCCUCUGAUUCCACCAGCUGUAGAGACUGAACUACUUAAACAGCAUUCUGACAUGGUUCAACAAGAUGCUUUGCUGGUUCCACCAGAGGCUUUGCUGGUUCCUCCAGACAUUAAGUUGUCACCUCCUCCUCCGACUGAGCUGGAUCCUUCAGAGACUGAGUUGGUUCCACGAGUUCUUCCACUGGGUCCUCCAACUAUAGCAACAUACCUGGUUCUUCCAACCAUAAAAACACACCUGGUACCUCAAACCAUAGAGAGGGAACUAGUUAUUCCAGCUAUAGAGACUGAACUAGUUGUUCCAGCUAUAGAUACUGCACUAGUUAUUCCAGCUACAGAGACUGAACAAGAUGGUCCAACCACAUACACUGGAUUCAUUAUUCCAACCAUAGAGAGUGAGCUACUUAUUCCAACCAUAGAGAGUGAGCUACUUAUUCCAUCUAUAGAGAGUGAAUUACUUAUUCCGUCUAUGGAGAGUGAACUACUUAUUCCAUCUAUAGAGACUGAACUAUGUAUUCCAAUCAUAGAGACUGAACUAUGUAUUCCAACCAUAGAGACUGAACAACUUUUUCCGACCAUAGAGACUGAACUACAAAUUCCAAACAAAGAGACUGAACUUCUUAUUCGACCCCACCCAGGUAUGGCAGGCUACUGGCCCAGUCAAGGCUACCUGCUGAUGGCUGAGAAGAAGAGGAUGUUCUCCCUAAGGUCUAAGGGCUGGAACGCCAGCAACCGGAGGAAGAGCCUGGGAUAGAGCAUAGAGAAACCAAGAGCCACUAGCAGUGACAAAGACCACUGUCAAACACUCCAGGAUCAUCCACCAUUGGACCACUGUCAAAAACUCCAGAACCAUCCACCACUGGACCACUGUCAAAUACUCCAGAACCAUCUACCACUGGACCACUGUCAAAUACUCCAGAACCAUCCACCACUGGACCACUGUCAAAUACUCCAGAACCAUCCACCACUGGACCACUGUCAAAUACUCCAGAACCAUCUACCACUGGACCACUGUCAAAUACUCCAGAACCAUUCACCACUGGACCACUGUCAAAUACUCCAGAAUCAUCCAGCACUGGACCACUGUCAAAUACUCCAGAACCAUCCACCACUGGACCACUGUCAAAUACUCCAGAAUCAUCCACCACUGGACCACUGUCAAAUACUCCAGAAUCAUCCAGCACUGGACCACUGUCAAAUACUCCAGAACCAUUCACCACUGGACCACUGUCAAAUACUCCAGAACCAUCCACCACUGGACCACUGUCAAAUACUCCAGAAUCAUCCACCACUGGACCACUGUCAAAUACUCCAGAAUCAUCCACAACUGGACCACUGUCUAAUACUCCAGAAUCAUCCAGCACUCCGGCUGAACACUUGUUGUCCCGGUCAAAUGUAAACUGUCCUACAACAAUAAUACUUUUUUCACUAAUCAACCUCCCAGAAUAAAUGAUUUUCCCUAUAUAGUAUUGUGGGGAUUAAAAAUAAAAACUACAUCAUUGUAAUACCUACAAAAUUAGAAUAAAAUAAAUAAUCUAUUGCCAUUUAGUCCACUUCCUUUGUGAAGCUGCAUUCACAUCACCACACUCUGAACUGCUUGCCUUAUGACUGGUACUAGCUAUCAUCCUCUACCUGAGCAUUAAAACACAACCAUUUAACUGACUGUUACCUGGAAAUAUUGUUACCAAACCAGUUAGUCAGACUACUGAAAACCCUUCACUAUGUCUGGGCUCCUAGACCUACCAACCAGCUCCAGACAGGACAGGUGUUGUCUGUGUACCACGAGGCAGGUAGCUCACCUUCUCCAGGUUCUGACCUCUGACCUUUGUCAUCUGGGUCGAGCAAUUCCAGUGUUUGGUCAUUCAAUUGUUUGUAUGUCUCGUGCUACCAAGUAUAGGCCUAUAUGUUACAGGCACCAGGAAUGUGGCUUGAAAUUAAUUGACAGGAAAGCAUGAUCAUGUUUGGAUUGUUUUACUGCAUCAGCUUCAGGAGUUGUCAAUACAGUGUAAUUUCAUUGUAUUCAAUACUUCAUAAAACAAUUAACAAAGCAGCUAGCUGACUACAUAGACAGACUGAAACACAGAUAGGUUAGCUAUCCAUAAACAACUGGUAUCUAGCAAAACCAAUAGCUAAAUGUAGAUACAAACUAUGCAAAAUAGCACUUAGAUAGUUUGACAAAACAUUAUACGGGCUAUAAAACGAAAGACCAGCUGUUACAUAUAAGCUUCUUCUGCUAUGGUAUUAUGGCGGUCUGGAAACAAACGCUGCCACCAACUGGACGGGAUGAAUAAAUUCACAAAUGGAAAGUCAAUUCCAUUACAGGAAGGGGCAAAAAAUUACAUGAAUUAAAAAAAUAUAUACAGUAUAUAUACUGUAUAUAAUACAAAUUAUCACAUAAAAAUCUUCCCACUCCUUCAGUCAUCAGAUAUUUGUGACUCGUUUCAGGAAACUAGGCAAGUCACGACUUCACAGGAGAGCCAUUUUUACUUUUUAUUUUUUAUAUUUUUU